CAAUUUCCUCACUUAACUCAAAAUCCGUUUCACUCGACGUGUUUGUUUGCGUUAAAUUUCGCGGGUUUACAAAUUCGCAAUAGAAAUAGACGCUGUUUCCUGGUGGUUUUAAAAGUCCGUACCCGCGCGUUGGUUAAAUCCGUCGAUAGUCUAUUUCCAUCGCGAUUUCCGGUCCGCGGAAUAGAUACGGUAGGUUGUCGAGACCAAAAGAGAAACACAAAAACGUGACCCGGGAGUUUUAUGUAAUGUCUACGACUUGAAUUUGAAUUACUUCACUAGCGCUCUCUAAGUAGAUGCUUCCCAAAAAAGAGAAAAAUGGCUCUCAGAAUAACAUUCUUAGUGUCUAUUCUUCUUUUUCACACGUCAGCUUCGAAUUUUUCAAAUGACAAUUUAAUGGAUGAUGCGUCUUCCGAGAUUGAUGAGCGCAAAGUUGAAUCGGAACAUUUUUUGCCAUAUUUUCCAAAGAAAAUGUCGAAAAUUCGCGUGUAUGUUGAGGGUGAUAUGGUACGAUUGAAAUGUAAAGCUGAAGGUUAUCCGGUUCCUGAUGUAGCGUGGUAUAAAAAUGAUGAAAUACCGGUUCGAAAUUUAGAGAGGGUUAGAUUCACCAAAUGGUUUAUGGUGAUGGAAGAUGCGGUGUAUCGAGAUACUGGGAAUUAUACGUGUGUAGUCUGCAACGAUCUAGGAUGCAUUAAUCACACCUUUGCGUUGACAGUUGUUGAACGGUUCCCGGCAAAACCAAACAUCGUUUCUGGCUACCCGAAAAAUGUAUCAGCUGUAGUUAACUCUACAGUUGAGUUGGAAUGUCCGCAAUUAUCCGAUUCGUUACCAUUCAUUCAUUGGUUUCGUGGACUUCCUCGGACUAACGAAACUAUUUAUGCCAACAAAUUUCUGCCGCAGACCGACGAAACAUCUCUUGGAAUUCUUAGAUUGGUUAACGUCACCCAUGACCAAGAGGGGUGGUACACAUGUUAUGCUACUAAUUCAGUUGGUCGUGCAAUAAAAAGCGCUUACUUAAAAGUAGUCGAUGAUUACGAAUCAAUUGCUAAUACUCUUUCAAAUGUUAUCAACGAACCAAAAAAUUUGGAUUUUAUCCCAAACAAUCUAUUUCGUUUAAAAAGCCUUUCAUUGGUGGCAGAAGAUCCGAACGAGUAUAAACCAAAAUUAAAUUUUUUAAACAAUAAGGCUGAGCAAAUCAUUCAAGUAUCUUUGGGUACUAACGUCACCUUAAACUGCGAUGUUAACGAAAUGAACUCGACCACAAUUACUUGGUACAAUAACAAAAACGAUUCCAUCGAAUCAUCUGUUAAACAAAAAAAGUUUUCAAUCAAUGUCAAAAUAAUGACGAUGGAAGAUUAUGGAAAUUACAGUUGUAAAGUUUGUUUAGAUGGGCAAUGUAUUCAAAAAAAUUUUAGUAUUGAUCAAGGAACUCAAGAUGACGACGAAGAAGAUUACACCCCAUCGGGGAAGAAAACACCCCAUAUACCUUAUUUUACAAAAAAAAUGACCGAAAAUGGGCUUAACGUAAAAGUUGCGGGGAAUAUGGUAACUUUUAAAUGUAAAGCUGGAGGUUAUCCCGUUCCUAAUAUAACAUGGUACAAGAAUGGUGAAACGCCACCGGUACGAAGCUUGGGUGAGAUCAAGUACACCACAUGGAACAUGCAGAUGCAAGAUUUGAUAAUUACGGAUGCCGGGAAAUACAUGUGCGAGGCCUGCAACGAGGUGGGAUGCAUUAACUACACCUACACGUUGACAGUUGUUGAACGGUUCCCGGCAAAACCAUACAUCGUUACUGGCUACCCGAAAAACGUAACAGCUGUAGUUAACUCUACAGUUGAGUUGGAAUGUCCGCAAUUAUCCGAUUCGUUACCAUUCAUUCAUUGGUUUCGUGGACUUCCUCGGACUAACGAAAACGAAACUAUUUAUGACGACAAAUUUCUACUAAAGAACGAUGAAACAUCUCCUGAAAUUCUUAAACUGGUUAACGUCACCUAUGACCACGAGGGAUGGUACACUUGUUAUGCUGCUAAUACUCUUGGUCAUACAACAGGAAGUGCUUAUUUAAAAAUCGUUGAUUCAUUAGAUUCAGAAACUCAUGGACAACCCUUAUUAAUCAUUAUAAUGGGAAUUGUUGUUUCGAUUUUAUUCACAGGAGCGUUAGUAAUUGUUAUUUAUGUCAUCACUAAAUGGAAACAAGAAAAAAUUAAAAAAUUAGUUGCUAUAGAAACCGCAAGAGCGGCAGUAGUAACUCAAUGGACGAAAAAAGUGAUAAUAGAGAAAAAUCAUUCAGAAAAUGUUUCCGAACCUUUACUAAUGCCGAUUGUAAAAAUUGAGAAACAAAAAACUCAAAACAACAACGCUGUUGAUGGAAUGAUAUCGGAAUAUGAACUCCCGAUGGAUUCGGAUUGGGAAAUUCCCAGGGAAAGUUUACAUCUAGGUAAAAGUCUUGGGGAGGGAGCUUUCGGGAAAGUCAUGAAAGCUGAAGCUAUUGAUGUCGUUAAAGCUGGAGUGAGCAGCAUUGUUGCGGUAAAAAUGUUAAAAGAGGGUCAUACAGAUAACGAAAUGAUGGAUUUAGUCUCAGAGAUGGAAAUGAUGAAAAUGAUUGGAAAACACAUUAAUAUUAUAAACCUCUUGGGAUGUUGUACUCAAAAUGGGCCGUUGUAUGUUGUGGUGGAAUAUGCGCCUUAUGGAAAUUUAAGGGAUUUUCUUCGUCAACAUAGACCGUCAUCUGGGUAUGAACCAGCAAUUGGAAUGCCAGAAAAGGAAAAGAAAACUCUAACUCAGAAGGAUUUGGUUUCUUUUGCUUAUCAAGUUGCGAAAGGGAUGGAGUAUUUAGCUUCGCGGAGGUGUAUCCAUCGCGAUUUGGCUGCUAGAAAUGUGUUGGUUAGCGAAGAUUACAUUCUUAAAAUCGCCGAUUUUGGAUUAGCCAGAGACAUACAUUGCAGCGAUUAUUACAGAAAAACUACGGAUGGAAGAUUACCUGUUAAAUGGAUGGCACCAGAAGCUUUGUUCCAUAGAGUUUACACCACACAAUCAGACGUUUGGUCUUAUGGAAUAUUAUUAUGGGAAAUUAUGACACUGGGAGGUACACCAUAUCCAUCUGUACCGAGUGUAGAAAAGUUAUUCCAAUUAUUAAGGAAUGGCCAUAGAAUGGAAAAACCUCCGUGUUGUUCCCUAGAAAUUUACAUGUUAAUGCGUGAAUGUUGGAGUUAUAAAACAAAUGAGAGGCCGUUGUUUUCGGAUUUGGUGGAAGAUUUAGAUGAUAUAUUAACGAUAACGGCGAAUGAGGAAUAUUUGGAUUUGGGGUUGCCGCAAUUGGAUACGCCGCCAUCGAGUCAAGAGUCAAGUUGUGACGAAUCAAGCCCGCCAUUUUAAAAGAUCCUAGUCAUACUCAACGAUUGAAUACAAAAAGAUGCAGAUAUAAAUAUACUAUUUAAAAAAUGUUAUUAUUAAUUAAUUAUUAGUAGAUUUAAAGUAUUAUUAAAGGUAAGUUAGGCGUAUGUUCGUUGCAUUUGUGAGAUUAAAAUCGACGAGUUGUUACGUUUAAGGUGCUACGUGAAAAGUAUUUUGGUUUUACAAAUACAAAACAAUAUUUUUAUACUAGAAAGGAUUGAUUGCUUUGUGUACAUAGCCUAAAAUUAAUGAAUAAGUAACUUAAAUGUCAAUAACAAUUUUGUAUUUAACGAGUUUUAAUGAGUUAGUUUACAGUUUAAAUAGACAGAAUCUGAAACAUAUCUAUGUAUAUUACUAAUAAGUAACAGAAUAAUAGUUUGUUGUUAUGGACACCAAAGAAAAUUUUCUGCCAGGAAUUGUGGAAUAAAUAAAGAAAUUUUCAAAACGUU